GGUGCGGAGCGUGGGGAGCCUUCGGCCACAGCCCUCGCCUGCCGCGGAGGGUCCUGCUCCGCGCCGCUGGCCAGGCCGCCCCGUGCCCGGGCCUUUCCGUCCUUGGAGCGGAUCUCUGCCCGCCGGGUGCCUUCCCGCAGCGACGGCGACAGCCAGAGCUGAGGCCGCUGUAGUGGCUGUGCCUGUGCCCGGGUGCCCAUCCUUGGUCACUUCCCUACCACCACGUCACCUUGCUCAGCAGGGGACCUAAGUGGCAACCUAUCCAGAGCUGUGGCUGAGCUGAGGCUGCACCUGUGAGAAGAUGGGUGACAUGGCCAACAGUUCCAUUGAGUUCCACCCGAAGCCUCAGCAGCAGCGGGAGGCCCCCCAUGCUGGUGGCUUUGGGUGCACGCUGUCUGAGCUGCGUGCUCUCAUGGAGCUCCGAGGGGCGGAAGCACUGCAGAAGAUUCAGGAAGCCUACGGGGACGUCAGCGGGCUCUGUAAGAGACUGAAGACUUCACCCACUGAGGGCCUGGCAGACAACACCAAUGACUUGGAGAAGCGCAGACAGAUCUACGGGCAGAACUUUAUCCCUCCCAAGCAGCCUAAGACCUUCCUGCAGCUGGUAUGGGAGGCCCUGCAGGACGUCACUCUCAUCAUCCUGGAGGUGGCUGCCAUUGUCUCUCUGGGCCUCUCCUUUUAUGCACCACCUGGAGAAGAGAGCGAAGCGUGUGGGAAUGUGUCAGGUGGGGCAGAAGAUGAGGGCGAGGCUGAGGCUGGAUGGAUCGAGGGGGCUGCCAUCCUGCUCUCUGUCAUCUGCGUGGUGCUGGUCACGGCCUUCAAUGACUGGAGCAAGGAGAAACAAUUUCGGGGACUACAGAGCCGCAUUGAGCAGGAGCAGAAGUUUACAGUCAUCCGCAAUGGGCAGCUCCUGCAGGUCCCUGUGGCCGCGCUGGUGGUGGGGGACAUCGCCCAAGUUAAGUAUGGAGACCUGCUGCCUGCGGACGGAGUGCUCAUCCAGGGCAAUGACCUCAAGAUCGAUGAGAGCUCCCUGACUGGCGAGUCGGACCACGUGCGCAAAUCAGCAGACAAAGACCCCAUGCUGCUGUCCGGCACCCAUGUCAUGGAAGGUUCUGGAAGAAUGGUGGUAACCGCUGUUGGCGUGAACUCCCAGACAGGCAUCAUCUUUACAUUGCUUGGAGCUGGUGGAGAAGAGGAAGAGAAGAAGGAUAAGAAAGGCAAGCAGCAGGAUGGGGCGAUGGACAGUAGCCAGACCCGAGCUAAGAAGCAGGAUGGGGCAGUUGCCAUGGAAAUGCAACCCCUGAAGAGUGCCGAGGGUGGCGAGAUGGAAGAGCGGGAGAAGAAGAAAGCCAAUGUGCCCAAGAAGGAAAAAUCAGUCCUGCAAGGGAAGCUCACGAAACUAGCCGUGCAAAUUGGAAAAGCAGGGCUAGUGAUGUCUGCUAUCACUGUCAUCAUCCUGGUUCUCUACUUUGUGAUCGAGACCUUUGUCGUGGAUGGCCGUGUGUGGCUGGCAGAAUGCACGCCAGUCUAUGUACAGUAUUUUGUGAAGUUCUUCAUCAUCGGUGUCACUGUGCUGGUUGUGGCUGUCCCCGAGGGCCUGCCUCUGGCUGUCACCAUCUCUUUGGCUUACUCUGUCAAGAAAAUGAUGAAGGACAACAACCUGGUGCGCCAUCUGGAUGCCUGUGAGACCAUGGGCAAUGCCACAGCCAUUUGUUCAGAUAAGACGGGCACACUCACCACCAACCGGAUGACCGUGGUCCAGUCCUACCUAGGAGACACCCAUUACAAAGAGAUUCCAGCUCCCAGCGCCCUGACCCCCAAGAUCCUUGACCUCCUGGUCCAUGCCAUCUCCAUCAACAGUGCCUACACCACCAAAAUACUACCUCCAGAGAAGGAAGGCGCUCUCCCACGCCAAGUGGGUAAUAAGACGGAGUGCGCUCUGCUGGGCUUCGUCCUAGACCUGAAGCGGGACUUCCAGCCUGUGAGGGAGCAGAUUCCAGAAGAUAAGCUUUACAAAGUGUACACCUUCAACUCGGUCCGCAAGUCCAUGAGCACGGUCAUCCGCAUGCCUGAUGGCGGCUUCCGCCUCUUCAGCAAGGGAGCCUCGGAGAUCCUGCUCAAAAAGUGCACCAACAUCUUGAACAGCAAUGGAGAACUCCGAGGAUUUCGUCCACGGGACCGGGAUGACAUGGUGAAGAAGAUCAUUGAGCCCAUGGCUUGUGAUGGCCUUCGCACCAUCUGCAUUGCCUACCGAGACUUCUCUUCAAGCCAGGAGCCUGACUGGGACAAUGAGAAUGAGGUGGUGGGUGACCUCACCUGCAUAGCUGUUGUGGGCAUCGAGGACCCUGUGCGGCCUGAGGUCCCUGAAGCUAUUCGCAAGUGCCAGCGUGCUGGCAUCACAGUCCGCAUGGUGACUGGGGACAACAUCAACACAGCGCGAGCCAUUGCAGCCAAGUGCGGCAUCAUCCAGCCAGGGGAGGACUUCCUGUGCUUGGAGGGGAAGGAGUUCAACCGGAGAAUCCGCAACGAGAAAGGCGAGAUAGAACAGGAGCGGCUGGACAAAGUGUGGCCCAAGCUGAGGGUGCUCGCCCGCUCGUCCCCCACUGACAAGCACACUCUGGUGAAAGGGAUUAUCGACAGCACCACCGGCGAGCAGCGGCAGGUGGUGGCCGUGACCGGGGAUGGUACCAAUGACGGUCCCGCGCUCAAGAAGGCGGACGUGGGCUUUGCCAUGGGCAUCGCAGGAACUGAUGUGGCCAAGGAGGCCUCGGACAUCAUCCUGACAGAUGACAACUUCACCAGCAUCGUCAAGGCGGUCAUGUGGGGCCGCAAUGUCUACGACAGCAUCUCCAAGUUCCUGCAGUUCCAGCUGACGGUCAAUGUGGUGGCUGUGAUUGUGGCCUUCACAGGCGCCUGCAUUACUCAGGACUCUCCUCUCAAAGCCGUGCAGAUGUUGUGGGUGAACUUGAUCAUGGACACCUUUGCCUCUCUGGCCCUGGCAACGGAGCCCCCCACUGAGUCACUGCUGCUGCGGAAGCCGUACGGCCGGGACAAGCCCCUCAUCUCUCGCACCAUGAUGAAGAACAUCCUAGGCCAUGCUGUCUACCAGCUCACCAUCAUCUUCACCCUGCUUUUUGUCGGGGAGCUCUUAUUCGACAUCGACAGUGGGCGUAAUGCGCCUCUGCACUCGCCACCAUCGGAGCACUACACCAUCAUCUUCAACACCUUCGUCAUGAUGCAGCUCUUCAAUGAGAUCAAUGCCCGCAAGAUCCACGGAGAGAGGAAUGUCUUCGAUGGCAUCUUUAGCAACCCCAUCUUCUGCACCAUUGUUCUGGGCACCUUUGGAAUUCAGAUCGUCAUCGUCCAGUUCGGUGGGAAGCCCUUCAGCUGUUCCCCGUUAUCCACUGAACAGUGGCUCUGGUGCCUGUUUGUUGGCGUUGGGGAGCUUGUGUGGGGACAGGUCAUCGCCACCAUCCCCACCAGCCAGCUGAAGUGCCUCAAGGAAGCAGGGCAUGGGCCUGGGAAAGAUGAGAUGACGGAUGAGGAACUGGCAGAGGGGGAAGAGGAGAUUGACCAUGCUGAGCGGGAGCUCCGCAGGGGCCAGAUCCUCUGGUUCCGAGGCCUCAAUCGGAUCCAGACACAGAUGGAGGUAGUGAGUACCUUCAAGAGAAGCGGGUCAUUUCAGGGUGCUGUGCGCCGGCGGUCUUCGGUCCUCAGCCAGCUCCAUGACAUCCGAGUGGUGAAAGCAUUCCGUAGCUCGCUCUAUGAAGGCCUAGAAAAACCGGAAUCAAAGACCUCCAUCCAUAACUUCAUGGCAACACCCGAGUUUCUGAUCAAUGACUACACCCACAACAUCCCGCUCAUAGAUGACACAGAUGUGGAUGAGAAUGAGGAGCGCCUCCGGGCCCCACCACCGCCGUCCCCCAACCAGAACAACAAUGCUAUAGACAGCGGCAUCUACCUGACCACGCAUGCCACCAAGUCAGCUACCUCUUCAGCAUUCUCUUCCAGACCCGGGAGCCCACUCCACAGCAUGGAGACGUCCCUCUAACCAGAACUUCUCUCUGUACAUGCACACAUGCACACGUGGACUCACGCGCAAUCACACACCCACACGCACGCACGCACACAUGCACAUGCACAGAGGGGAACCUGCACACCUGCCAAAGUGGGAAACAACCGAGACAACUUAGGACUUUUCUUGUGCUGUAUUUGCAGGAAGCCUAAUCCACUUGAUAAAGGUGCGUCCUUGUGGGUUUCUUCUCUGGGACCCAGGAGCAGAAGCAGGAGGAGGAGGAAGAAAAGGUCAAGAGGGAGGAGGGGAAGGAAGAAGAGUGGCGCUCUCUACCCUUUUUUUUUUUUUUCCUACCAAUGCUUCGUUUUUAACAAACAAUUCCACCAUGUGUUCACCAUCCUGGCCGUGCACUGGGGUCAGGGCUGCUUGGGGUUUAUUGAAAGUUUUGUUGCAACCACUGGACAGUAAUCAGAUCAGCAAAUACAUACCAAAAAUGGAAUCGCACUGUGGAGCAAGGGAGAAUGCCAUUGUCCAGACAGCCACCAGAGGGAGCCACCUGCAAGCGUACCUGCAACCGCCAGGCAACUCCCCCUGACCAAUGUAGUAGACCACGCCCUACGUAGUAGUAUGCAUGUGUGUGCGGGACUAUAUGUAUGUGUGUCCAUGUGCACAUACAUAUAUGUGACAAGAUGCUUAUUUAAAGAAUGAGCUAUUUAUUAGCAUGAUAUUUCCAUUUCUCUUAUCAGGCGUUUUCAUUUGGAAUUUACAGUACUGAAUGUAGCAAGGUUUUGUUUUUGUCCGCCAUCCCCACCCCAGGAAAGUAGAUUACAAGAACUUCUUCUCAGUUAAUAUCUUUUCCUCCCUAAGUCCCUGGCCCAGUGCUCUCCUGUGUGGCCCGACUGAGAUUUCAGAAGAGGAGGUCUGGGGAGGGAUGCUGGAGGCCUGGAGGCCUUACAAUUAGAACACUUGCACUUUGAGACCCCUGCCUAUAGAGGGGGAGGAAAGCCUUUCAAUGGAAUCUUGUAUUACAAAGGAAAAUACCAAAGUAUUGAGUGAAUUGUUCCCUCCAGUCAGUGGCAAGGGAAGUUUGGGGUUUGGUUUCCUUUGUUUCCAACUCCAAUUCUAACUCCUUCCUUGUAGCUGGUGGCUUUCUUUGUUUAUGCCCCAACUUUGAGAGCAUGAAGCAUGUGUGCAAGGUGUGGGUACUGCUGUAACCCCAGUCCCAUCCGGCCCCAAUGGGUUGGACCUACAAUCCUGGAAGCAGCACCAGUAGAGCAGAGACAGAUGGCCCCCAAUGCAGGCCUGAGUCCCACACUGACUGAGUGAGAGGGUGGCCAAACCCAAGAGGCUAACCUCAUCGCCCUCAGCACCUCUGGAUCUCACUUUGUGUUUUGGCAAAUGCCAGAAAGUGCUCGCUGGACCACCUUGGCCAUAACAUAGCAUGCUUCCAGCCCCAGGCUUCUUGUCCAGAGGACAGAUGUAACCCACAAAGGCCGCGCUGGGGAAGCAAAGCUUCUUGGAUUUUACCAUCGCUAUCACCAUUGCUCUCAUCACAUUGGUAGCUCUUCUGGGCCUGUUGUGGCUGAGAACAGGGCUGGCAGGCCUUGGAUCCUCCCAGAUGCUCAGUGGAGCAAGGCUCAGUUUCCCCUGAAUCAGUGCUAACUUGAGAGGGGAAUGCAGCCAAGCGAGGGGGACCAAAAUUGGGUGCCCUACCAGGAGAGCCCAGAUGGGCCUCUUCCCAAUGGAAGGCCAACACUCCUCUCUGCCCCCAGACCCAGAUUCUGAGUGUGGACACCUAUGGGGUGACACCACCAAAGUGGGCAGCACUUUGCCCAUGAGGUUCCUUUUCCUUCUGAACCUCUGGGUGUCACUUUACAGACAGGUGACUGGGGCCUCCCAACAGCUCCCCCAGUUGCCUGUUGCUGGGGCCGGGGCUCAGCCAGCAGGAGACAGGUAGAGCUGAUGGACAUAACACGCGGAUGUGGCAGGUGCGGACUGGCACCUUCCGGAGGGCCACCUGUCCCGGGCGAUUCUGCACUAUCCCCAGGGCAAGCCCACAUGAAGCCACUGUUAACAUCAAUACCAUGUCACCCCUAAGCAGGAGUAGUCAAAUCUCGGGCAAAAGAAUUUCAGUCAGAAGAGAAAAUCCAUUUGAAAAUGCCAGCUACAGAUAACUUAAAGCCAUCCCUUUUUCUAAAGGGCACAUUGAGAAUGUUACCCAUUUGUAAAUUGUUCCCUGAUGUCCUUGUUUCAACCACAAUAACAAAAGGGCAACUCACUAUGUUGAGGGUCUUUGUGUUCUUCCACAAGAAGUAAAAUUCAAAGUGUUUCAGCUGUGGAUGAUACGGCUGUGCUACUGGGCUUCUCGUCAUCCUGUUGUAGACACAUCAGUAGAGCCAAUGACUACUAGAUAUUAAAAAGCCAACCCUCACUGCUGCUGUGUAAAGUUGUCUGAUGUCCAUGUUGACUGUGUAGUCCAGAGGCUGCCUUUGUGUUGGACUGUGGGGUUCUGAGAGGGGCACUGUGAACUCGCAUCUUCCGCUCCGGUUCUUGUAUACUUUUCAGGCUGAGAGAGGCCUGUGUCAUUGGGAAGCUGCUCUUUAUACAGCAUUAUAUUAUACGGAAUGGCUUGGUCAACUGUGUUCAGUUCAUAAAUAUGUUUUACAUUUUUAUCUGCCUGUUAUAAAGAUGAACAAAAAUAUCUUAAUGAGAAAGACUGCAGAUGCAUAAUAAUUUAAAGUCUAUAGUUGAAUUUCAUAAUUGAAAGAAUAGACCAAAACUUCUGUGUAUUAAAAAAAAUGAAAGGCUCUUACAAUCCUGGUCUGGGUAAUCUGUGUGAUUUAUUUAAUAGCUUCCAAUUUGGAAGCAAGUGUGACUUUGUGGCACUAGGCCUAGCUUCCUGUGUGCCGCUGACCUGCUGGGUUCUUAUGCCAAGGAAAAGCAGCAGGCCCACCUGUGAGGCAAGACGUGCGUUGCUUCUGGGAGAUUCUGACUCACUUGACCUGAAAGCAGCUAUUGGGAAUGUCUUGCCUCCUAUGUACCCUCAGAUGAGGGGAAGAUUGUGACAACUCAAAACUCAGCAUACUUGCAGGCUCCCCCUUGUUUUAUAUGUGUACUGGG